AUGUCUGAAAAUUUAAUUGCUUUGCUUACUGGUUACACUGGAGAAAGUGGAAAAGCACUAUUGAAAGAAUUAGUAAACAGCAAUAAAUUCAAAAAGAUUAUUUUGGUUGGUCGUCGUCAUGUUGAUUAUACUGAUAAUGAAUAUAUAAACAAAACGGAACAACGUCAAAUAGAUUUUGAGAAAAUUGAUGAUUAUCCAGAAGCAUUUCAUGGUGCUGAUAUGCACUUUUGUUGUUUAGGCACAACAAGAGGCAAAUCUGGAGUAGAAGGUUUUCGACGAGUAGAUUUUGAUUAUAUAGUUGGAGUAGCUCGACUUGCCAAGCAAGAAGGUUGCAAACAUUUUCAUCUUCUAUCCAGUCUAGGUGCCGAUUCACAUUCAUUGUUCCUUUAUAAUAAAGUGAAAGGUCAGACAGAAACGGCUUUAACUCAAAUGUCAUUUGAACGAUUAUCAAUUUAUCGGCCAGCAAUGCUAAUGGUCGAUAGAACUGAACAUCGUCCAUUGGAAAAUUUUGCUCAAACAAUAAUGCGUAAUACUGUACAACGCAUAGCACCUGAAUGGAUGACUACACCUAUUGAUAUUCUUGCACGAGCAAUGUAUCUUAAUUCAUUCACUAAAGAUCGCCCAAGUAUUGAAAUUCUUGAUAAUCAUGCUCUUUUUCGGCUUUCGCAACAGCAAACUUUUACCACAAAAGAACAAUCGCAAGCUACAGAUGAAUCUUAA